CGGGGGCGGGGAGGGGCGGCGCGCCCAGAGCCCGGAGCCCGGCCCUGCGCUCCGCUCGGCUCGCCUCGCGGCGGGCGCCCUCGUCGCCAGCGGCGCACCAUGGACGGGCUGCCCGGUCGGGCGCUGAGGGCCGCCUGCCUUUUGCUGUUGGCAGCCGGCUGGCUGGGGCUGGGGCCGGAGGCCUGGGGCUCGCCCACGCCCCCGCCAUCCCCCGCCGCGCCGCCGCCGCCCCCGCCGCCCGGAGCUCCAGGCGACUCGCAGGACACCUGCACGUCGUGCGGAGGCUUCCGGCGGCCCGAGGAGCUGGGCCGGGUGGACGGCGACUUCCUGGAGGCGGUGAAGCGGCACAUCUUGAGCCGCCUGCAGAUGCGAGGCCGGCCCAACAUCACCCACGCUGUGCCCAAGGCCGCCAUGGUCACGGCUCUGCGAAAGCUGCACGCUGGCAAGGUGCGCGAGGACGGCCGUGUGGAGAUCCCGCACCUCGACGGCCAUGCCAGCCCGGGCGCCGACGGCCAGGAUCGCAUCUCCGAGAUCAUCAGCUUUGCGGAGACAGAUGGCCUCGCCUCCUCCCGUGUCCGCCUCUACUUUUUCAUCUCCAAUGAAGGCAACCAGAACCUGUUUGUGGUACAGGCCAGCCUGUGGCUUUACCUGAAGCUGCUGCCUUAUGUUCUGGAGAAGGGCAGUCGGCGGAAGGUUCGGGUCAAGGUGUACUACCAGGAGCAGGGGCAUGGAGAUCGGUGGAAUGUAGUAGAGAAGAAGGUGGACCUCAAACGCAGUGGCUGGCACACGUUCCCGCUCACAGAGGCCAUCCAGGCUUUGUUUGAGCGGGGGGAGAGGCGACUCAACCUGGACGUGCAGUGUGACAGCUGCCAGGAGCUGGCUGUGGUGCCCGUGUUCGUGGACCCUGGUGAGGAGUCGCACCGGCCCUUUGUGGUUGUGCAGGCGCGGCUGGGUGACAGUAGGCACCGCAUUCGCAAGCGGGGUCUGGAGUGUGAUGGCCGGACCAAUCUCUGUUGCAGGCAACAGUUCUUCAUUGACUUCCGCCUCAUCGGCUGGAAUGACUGGAUCAUCGCACCCACCGGCUACUAUGGGAACUACUGUGAGGGCAGCUGCCCGGCUUACCUAGCUGGGGUCCCAGGCUCAGCCUCUUCCUUUCACACAGCUGUGGUGAAUCAGUACCGCAUGCGGGGGCUGAAUCCUGGCACGGUGAACUCCUGCUGCAUCCCCACUAAACUGAGCACCAUGUCCAUGCUUUACUUUGAUGACGAGUACAACAUUGUCAAGCGGGACGUGCCCAACAUGAUUGUGGAGGAAUGUGGCUGUGCCUGAUGCAGCAGGGCUGUGGUGGUGGGGCGUCAGGACAGUCCUGGAUGGGCUUUCUUGCAGCCCCUGUGGGAAGUGGGUGUGUGGCGGGCUGAGUGCUGUUGUUCGUUUGGGCUGCCCAGAAGGUGCCAGGGUGAAGCCUGAAAUAUUUUUCUACUACUUUAUCCAGCAAUCAGUCAAAAGCAGAGCAAGAACCCUCAACUGACAUGAAAAACUUUAAAAUGCACACGUAGACACGCACAGCCAGACGCAUCCUGCCACCCACACAGCAGCCUCCAGGAUACCAGCAAAUGGAUGCAGUGACAAAUGGCAGCUUAGCUACAAAUGCCUGUCAGUUAGAGAGAAUGGGGUGAGCAGCCACCAUUCCCACCAGCUGGCCUGGCCACUCUGAAUCACGCCUUCGGAGCACACAUAAAAGCACAAAGACAGACAAACACACAGAGUGAGCGUGCACCGGAGCCACUGAGAGGAAAGCAGAUGCGGGGGUGGGGAGUGUGUGGGCAGGCUGAGGGCUGUGUGGCGCCCUUUGCUUGUGCAAGGCCUGCUGUGCUUCAGCAUCUCCUCGCUCAAACCUGUUGGCAUCUUCCCCUGCCUGGAUCCUUUGUGCUGUGGGACCAGGGGAGCCUGUCCUUUCUCUCCCAGAGAGGGAAGGCAUCCAUAAAGUGCACGACCUGCCAGAGUCUGUGGAGCAGUGACAGUGACCUUUUGACUGUGGCUUUGGCCCUUGGCGUGACUUAUAUGUGUGUUUAUUUUUGGAGUGGGGAGGGAGGGAGAGGAGAAGGGUCUUAAUUUGAUGCUUUAACUGAUUGCUAGCAGUUGACAGGUUAUUCAUUCCAGUUGCAUUAAUUGAAAAGGGACUUUUCUACCAGGUAGGACUUUGUAAGUUAAAAUCUGGAUUGUUUUAAAUGGAAAGAAGAAAAAGUUGCAAUCUGUUUCCUCUAGGACUGGUUGGAGAGGAGUGGAAAUGACCCCUAGGGCAAAGGGACAACAAGCCCACAGGAGGAAAUGGUGGAGUGGAGGCUUUCUGGAAAUUCUGGGUGGUAGGGGGAGACAGGGUGCCCCUUCAGCAGGGGGCAAGGGAGAGGAGCAGUUUAGCUGCUCUUGGAGAGAUGGGGAAGGCUUUUGGCUGCUUUGCAGAAGUUGCCAGGGCGCGUGGGCCCUGGUCCCCAGGGCUGGCCAUGGACCUGGUCCCCAUCCGCUCGCCCGCCCACCUGCCCGCCAGCCAGCCCCUCCUAGCACUUGCAGACCUGCCCAAACGCACAUGAUAUAGCACUUGCCCAUCUGUGUGUGUCAGAAGUGGCCACUGGCAGAGCAUUGAACUUGCUCACCCUGAGGUGUCCAAGUGCCAUGUGAACUAUGCAAUUUAAAGGGUUGACCCACACUAGACAAAACUGGACUUGUACGACUCUUUUUAUAUUUUUAUACUUGAAGUGAAAUCCUUUGCUUCUUUUUAAAGCGAAUGAUUGCUUUUAAUGUUUGCACUGAUUUAGUUGCAUGAUUAGUCAGAAACUGCCAUUUGAAAAAAGAAGUUAUUUUUAUAGCAGCAAAAAAAAUACAGUUAAAUGUAUUAUACAUAAUUUUGGAACCAAAGAGGCCAACAGAUCAGUUUUAAUUUUUAUUAGAUGGUGAGGCCAUCUUAUAUGAGGUAGACGCUCUGAACAAUCCCUUGAGUGGCCUGCCAGUGUUUCAGGGUAUAAAUGGAUUUUCUUUAUUCAGUUUGAUGAGUCUUUUCUAUUCUCACACACCCAGACGGUAGAGUAAAAAUGACUGGUAGAAUGCAGGUGUGUAUCCUUCGAUCCCCAUGUUUGUGUUUAUUUAAUAAAGCUCCCUUUAGGUUCUGUUUCAUAAUAAUUUAAAACCAAACGAUUUUCCCAUAGACUUGCUGUUAAAGUAUUUUACAUUUGUGUACAGUUUAAGAAAAUAAAAGAUUGAG